AUGAUCCAAGAUAGUUCUUCUGAUGAUGAUGAUUAUGAUAAUGAUGUUUGUAAGGCUAAGACUGUUAAAAAAGACAUCAGAUUUAAACAUGCUCCCGCUGCUGCGUUUGCUAAGGAUAAAGACCAAGUUACUGUUGAGGAUGAUGCAUUUGUUGAGGAGGUCUCAGAUGGGGAUGUGGACCUAUGCUUUGUGGGAGGAACAGGGGAUGAUGCAUAUAAUGCAUAUGAUCCAGGGGCUGACUCAGAUGGGGCAAAUUCAUGGCAUUCUGAAGAAAUGAAGACUCCCCCGAAUUCAGAGGAUGAGGGGACAGAUGAGGAGUCCGAAGAUGUUUGUCCUGUGUUUAGAGAAGGUAUAAGGUUUGGAGAACUACAACUGGAAGUUGGCAUGAAAUUCAACACAAAAUGGGACUUUAAGGAGGCUGUUAGGGAGUUCACAAUCCAAGAGGGCAGACAGAUUAGGUUCAGGAAGAAUGACAAUGUGAGGAUGAGGGCUACUUGUAAAGUGAAAGGAUGUCCAUGGGUGGUGUAUGCAUCAAAGGAUCAUGAAGAUACUUGUUGGCAAAUAAAGACCUUCGUUAAUGAUCAUACAUGCCCAAGGGAGGAUAAAAACAGGGCAGCUAAUAGAAAUUGGGUGGAGAGAAAACUAGUCAAGAAGGUUAGGAAAUACCCAAAUUUCAAGCAUUGUGAUGCUGCCACUUACUUCAAGUCAAGGUUUGACUUGUCCUUGAACAAGAACUCAAAAUCAAGGGCCCUCUUUGAUGCAAGAAAUGUGGUGUUUGGGGAUGAAAAGGAACAAUACAAAAUGCUGAGGGAUUAUGGUCUUACACUUCUUAAGACUAAUCCUGGAUUAACAGUUGAAAUUUGUUGCACUCCCCAACCUCAAUCUGAUUCAAUGUUUGAGAAAAUGUAUGUGUGCUUGAAUGGAUGCAAGAAUGGUUUCAAAUUCGGAUGCCGACCAUUGAUUGGACUGGACGGUGCUUUCCCAAAAACUCAAUUUGGUGGGCAAAUUCUGUCGGCAGUGGGGCAGGAUGCUAAUCACCAUAUCUACAUCAUAGCGUGGGCAAUUGUUGGCGUAGAAAACAAGGAGAAUCGGAAGUGGUUUCUUGAGUUGCUACACCAAAACCUUGGAGACUAUAGGCAACAUGGGUGGUGCUUUAUAUCUGACUUGCAGAAGGGAACUGCAUGA